GGCGGCCCCUUUAAUCACCCGCCCCGCCCAGCUUUCGCAAAGCGCAAAUAAUGCAAUGCAUGCGAGCGAGACAUCUAUAGUUCUAUACACGCUCCUCCGCCGUCCGUUCGUUCGUUCCCUUACGUGCUAAGGCAUCAUCAUGGCUAUGCAGCUGCACGCCGCGUCCCCGGACGACCACCGCUACGUCCCCGAGCCCCCGCCGCCCCCGCCGCCUUUCUCCCCGCACCCGGCGCCGGCCCAGGCGGCGGUCAAGCCCAAGUCGCCGCAUGUCUCGCAGGGCGGCGGCCCAAGGGCGCCCGUUGCCACGGUGACGACGCCCCUGACGCCUAGCAGGGACAGGGCGCGCCAGGCGCACAACGACGGCGGCGGCGACCAGGCGCAGGUGCUCAACGGGAUCGUCCUCGUGCUGCGCGCCGGCGCCGCGCUGCUGUCCUUCGUGGCCAUGGCGCUCGUCGCGUCCUGCCGCCACGGGGACUGGAUGGACUUCCUCCGCUACCAGGAGUACAGGUAUCUUCUCGGGGUGUCCGUGGUCGCGUUCGUGUACUCUGCGGCGCAGGCGUUGAAGAACUUCCGCCGGAUGCGCCGCGGCGACGCACACGCGAGCUUCCUUGAUUUCGCCGGCGAUCAGGCGGUGGCGUAUCUGCUGGUCACGGCGUCGGCGGCGGCUCUCCCGAUCACGAUCCGCAUGAGGUCGGCGGUGAUCAACGUCUUCACGGACGCCAUCGCCGCGUCCAUCGCCCUGGGCUUCCUCGCCUUCGCGGCGCUCGCCCUGUCCGCCAUGUUCUCCAGACAGGCGUAGUACGACUAUCUUAUAGCUAGCCAUGCAGUCAGCCCAUUGUGAGUCGGGACAUCCAUCCAUGGUUGUUGUAGAAGAAAAUUACAGUAGUUAACUCCAGGAGAAAAACAAAGUUGAGAGUAAGCUCGUGAAUACUCUUUUGUAGAAGAAAACUAGUUAGAUCCAGGAGCAAAAAAGAGGGACAAAAAGGAACAAAGUUCAGAGUUGCUCGUGGCAUCUGAAGAUCAGAUGUUUGCAUGACGACCCAAGUUGUCAAGAGAUCAUUUUCAUCACCA